CAAUGUGAAAAAACAUCCAGGAGUAAUGAUAUUUCUCUGCCUUCAAAUGAUGUAAACUUACAACAGAAUUUAGAAAUGGAACAACUUGCUUCAGAUGAAAGGCCUAUUAAAUCUGCCAUUGCUGAAGGAAAGCAGAGUUUUGAAGAAUACUUAGAACAACAGCUUCGAUUGGAAGAACAAAAAUUAAAACAGCAUACAGAGCAACAGGUAAAAGAAAGGACCCCAGAGGCCAAACCAUCUCAUAAAAGAACUUUUCUGAAACGAAGAGAAGGCCUAAACAGAUUUAUUAAUGCCAAACCUCAAAAUAUCAUGGAAGCAUUAGAAAAUGAAACAAAACAAGCACUUCAUUCAAAGCAAUUCGGGUUUAAAAAUGGGGCAAAAACAACCAAACAACAAUUGCAACGUAAAACUGCUCCAGUGAGCAAAGAAAAUAAUUAUCCUGAGAUGCUGAGCAUGCCAAGAAACAAAAUAAACCAGAUAAUUAAAACUAGUAAUAGUCAUGCUUUGUCUGUAACAAAGGUCUCUGUUCUUGGGAUCCACAAUGGACAAAAUAUUUCUCAGCUCUCACUGAAAAAACAAACCAGGAAUAAAAUGCAUGUUUUUCCACAGCAUUUGAGUACUAUUGAAACAGAACAGAAUAACCAGCUUAAGAUGAACCAAGAGGGUCUGUCAGACAAAGUCAGCUGUGAUCCCCUAAACAAGCUCACAAAUACUGAUAGCUGUUGGACAUCUUCAGGAGGUACCAACUUUCCUACUCUUAAUCACUUACAUACAAUUAUUCCUCAGAAAUGUCUAGACUUUUCAUUUGAGCUGUCAUUCCAAAAAAAGUUAGAGCAGUGGGAUAAAGAGAAAGAAAAGGAGAAUAUAGAACUGGAUGAAUUUGAGUUUCUGGAACAGGCUGCAGAAGACGUAUCAUUCUCCAGCAAUUCAUCUUUUGUGCAGAAAAUGCUGUAUAAAGAUCAGCAAAAUUCUGCAUGUCGCAGAUUGUCCUCCACCCCUAUCAAAUCAACUGACCACAAACAGACCGUUGAACUGGAUAUUGGUGCAAUGAACUACAGAAACAAAUGUGAACAAGGCCCUGUUAACCAAAAACAUGAUACAAAGCAGACUGAUAGCAUUCACAGUUUGUCUAAUGCUGAGAUAAGAGAUCCACUGGCGAACUCUAAUAUUGCUUCUCAAGAGAAGUGUAAUAUUAAAACAGUGAAUAUUAACAUGGAUGUGUUAAAUCGACAUGAUGACAGCUUUUCUUCUUCUGAAUCCGAACUUGAUACCACAGUGAAAAAUAAAGAUGAUAAUGAGCAGAUCCUGGCAAUUAUCAAAAAUAAUGAAGAUAAUACUAAAUGCCAAGACCAUAAAGAACCUUUUGAAAUGGGAAUCAAAAUCAGUCAAAGCAGAAGCAAUGACUUUAGUAAACCUAGUGAGAAUUACAGUAGCGAUGAAUCAAAUGCAGUACAAAGUGAAGUUAAAAAAUGUGCUACUGAUCAAGUAGGAAGCAUGUCUUCAAGCAUAACACGUGCUGCUUUUGAUGAUGAUACAACAUGGGCAGAUCUGGAUGAUACAGGAAACCUAAAUGAGGCAUUUAGUUCUGAUCAAGCAGCACAGUUUUUUGCAGUGCCAUCUGUAAUAGAUGAAAGAAAAUGUUCUGGUUCAGACAGAGAAGUUAAAAGAAAGGUUGCCUCAAAGAAAAAGGGAGAUUCUUCAGCAGAGACGUGUAUAACAGACAAUGAGUGUGAACCACCUACUUCAGAGUUAAUGGUUAAACUGUUCCCUUCGCUUAAACCAAAGAAGAAGCCAUUAUCACAAGAGCAUGGAACACCUUUACCUUCCACAAAGCAGCAACCAGUAGAUGUAGUCCAGUCUCAGGUUUUGAGAAAGAAACUUGUAGAACUUGAAACUGAAAUUGAAAGGUUCCGAGCAGAAAAUGCAGCUCUAACAAAACUCCGUGAAGAACGAGAAAAGAGUUUAGAAAAUCUAAGGAAAGAGAUUGCUGAGUUUGAACAACAAAAAAAGACUGAAUUAUCUAAUUUGGAGGAAUAUAAAAAAGAAGAAUUGAGGAAGCUACAGAAAGAACGCAAAGUCUUUGAGAAAUAUGCAGCAGCAGCAAGAGCUGUUCCUGACAAGAAGGAGCGAGAAGAAAUACAGACUUUGAAACAAGAACUUGCUAACCUUCAAGAAGAACUGAAGCAGAAGGAGAUGAGAUGGUCAGCUACUCAUAAUCGACUUAGGAACCAGAUAGAGACAUUAACUAAAGAAAACACAGAACUGCGUGACGAAAUUAGAGUAAUUGAAAAAUUACGUCUUGAAGCCUGGAAAAAAGCAGAAGCUGCUGAAAACAGCAGGAAGUCUGAGAGCAUUCCCACUCAAUUAAAAAGUGUAGGAUGCUCUAGCUCUCCUGAAAAUGCAAAAGAAAAUCAAAAUGGGACAUUACCAGUUCUGCCUUCAUUUUGGAAAAAUCAAGUCAAUCCCAAAAAUGUUUCACCAUUUAAUGGUAAGAGACAAGGAAUGCGCAUUUCUGGAUUGAAUAAAGAAGAAGAUGCUUUUCUCACUGAUAUUAACAGUUUUAAGUAUGAGUUGUCUGAACGUAAAUAUAAAUCAAAAGAGAUAAAUGAUAAGCUUAGGUUAGUGAUGGAUUUAAGGAAGACAACAGCAAAACCAUAUUUAUUAGAUAUGAAUGAAGAUAGUGAAAGAAAGCAGUCCAAUACAGGCUUAUCACUACCAUUUGGAGACCUGUGUAACUUUGAAGAACCAAGGACUAAGUUCACAGAACCUUCAGAGCUUGAUGUCCAGAAAGCAGACUCAAGAUGCAACAAUCCUAGUUCAGUGUCUGCUGAAAACUCUGGGACAUUACCAAAGCAAAUUUCUGCAUGCACAUUGAUUCCGGAGGAAAUUCAGGAAGAAAUGAGACAUCCAGAUGGAAAGGUAGAGCAGGUUAUGAAAAAUGGCCACCGUGUAAUCAUUUUCCCUAAUGGAACAUGUAAAGAAAUUAGCGCAGAUGGAAAAACAAUUACUGUAAUAUUUUUUAAUGGGGAUGUGAAACAGAUUAUGCCAGAUCAAAGAGUGAUUUACUAUUAUGCUGAUGCCCAAACUACACACACCACUUUCACAGACGGACUUGAGGUGUUGCAUUUUCCCAAUAAUCAAAUAGAAAAACAUUAUCCUGAUGGUCGAAAAGAAAUUACUUUUCCUGAUCAGACAAUCAAGAAUUUAUAUACAGAUGGGAGAGAAGAAAGCAUCUUCCCAGAUGGUACAAUUGUACACAUUAACAUAGAUGGAAGUAAAAUUAUUGAAUUUAACAAUGGACAGAAGGAACUGCAUACACUACAGUUUAAAAGACGUGAAUACCCUGAUGGUACUAUAAAGACUGUAUAUGCUAAUGGGCAACAAGAAACCAAGUACCCUACAGGAAGAGUAAGAGUUAAAGAUAAAGACGGUAAUAUUAUUAUGGAUUCCAGAACUUGACUGUAUAUGGACAUAUGAAUGAAUCCAUUAGUAAAGUUGCAAUAUUAAUUUUAUUAUGCAUCUUAUUUUCAGUAUUAAUGCUAUAAAUUCAGUAUAUCUGAAUUAGUUUUAACUUUGAUAUCCGUCAG